GAGGUUUGAGGUGAGGGGGAAAGCAGGUGUAGGGGAUGACGUUCUGAUAAACUUGGACAGGGAAGAAGUUAAUAUAGACUUCCUUAUUCCUAUUUCCCCUUCUUCUAUUGACCUUGGGAGUCCCAUCUCCUGCCCUCCUUAUUCUGCCUCCAAUACACUUCCUGCUACCUUCGUUCACUCCUGGAUUAUCACAUUCCUGAAUACCCUCUCCUUACAUAUGUAGUAGGAACAUCUAUCAAUAAUUGAAUUAGUUACUUGUCAGAGUUUAAUCUGUCAAGGUUAAAUGUUUGCACUUGCUAGCAUAUUUUGAUCAGAGGUCUUUAAACAGUAAUGUUAGCUUACCCUGAUUUCAAACAAAAGACGAUGUUCGAUAGCCAGUGACUGGUGUGUUUUAAAGUAGAACAAUAUGUAGGACCAUUAUUGUUAUUGUUACAAUGUUGUAUGAAUAGUAGCAAGUCUUGAAAAACAUUCCUUGCCCUUCUUCCACUCUUUGUUUCUCAAGCUAACUGCAAACUGACUGAAUACCUGGAAGGGGCUGCACUACAUGAAAAUACAGUACUUAUAUUGAUCAGAAUAAGAUUCAACAUUUUUGUGAUAAACUUAGUGGUUAUCUCUUAUCAAGCAAGUGUCCAGUUAUCACAAGUUUAUGUACUCAGUAACUUGCCAAUAUUAUAGUUGCCACUACUUAUCUUAUUUUUUGUAGGAGGCAUAGUUUAGACCCUAAAACAGUAAUAGCAGUUGCUGUGUUGUUGUGUGCGACAAUACUAUGGAUGCUGAUUGGUCAUAUUCAUCAAUUCACUCUUCGUCAGUUGCUACGUUAUAGAGCAUUUCUGUAUGAACCAAGAGGGAAGCUGUCAUUAAAAACCAAAUGCUGGCUGGGCUUAGUAAAACUUCUUGGUGGAAAGAACCCAACUCUCUACAGCUAUGAGAAAUCUUUACCUUACCUACCUGUUCCAGAUCUUGAAGCCACUACAGGGAGAUAUUUGGAAUCAGUUAGACCUGUUCUUAGUGAAGAAAGGUUCAAGGAGAUGGAAAAACUGGCUGUUGAUUUUAAGGAUGGUCUUGGAAAGAAGUUACAACGUUACCUGGUUUGGAAAUCAUGGUGGUCAUCAAACUAUAUCAGUGACUGGUGGCAACAGUUUGUUUAUCUACGAUCCAGGGAGCCUCUUAUGAUCAACAGUAACUACUAUGGAGUGGAUUCUUUGCUAGUUCCUUCUCAAAUCCAAAGUGCAAGAGCAGCCAACAUGAUCCACGCCUUGUUCCUCUACAGGAAACAAAUCUUCAAGGAAAAGUUAGAACCACAAUUUGCCAUGGGUAUCAUUCCACUUUGCUCAGAACAAUUCAGGAGAACAUUCAAUACAACCAGGAUCCCACUUAAAGAACAAGAUCACCUCCAUCAUCAUGGUGCAACAUCACACACGGUAAUCUACCACCGAGGAAGAUUCUUCAGACUUGAAGCUUUCCAUCGUGGAGUGCUGUUGAAGCCUGCCGAUCUGGAAAGACAAAUUUUGAAAAUUCUUCAGGAUGAGUCGAAACCAGUCCCAGGGGAAGAACUUCUGCCAGCCAUGACAAGUGCUGACAGAAACCUGUGGGCUGAGACAAGGAGUACGUACUUCAGUACUGGUGUGAAUAGGCAGUCACUGGGUUGCAUUGAAGAUGCAGCAGUGUUCUUGAAUCUGGAGGACUUGGAGAUGAAUUAUGGUGAGGAAGAGUCUGAAGAUCUCGAUUCUCUCUGUCGAUAUCUACUUCAUGGCAAUGGCCACAGUUGCUGGUUUGAUAAGUCCUUUUCUGCAUAUAUCUUCAAGAAUGGCAGGUUUGGCCUCACUGCUGAGCACUCAUGGGCAGAUGCCCCAAUUGUUUCUCACCUAGGAGAGUAUGUGCUAAUAGAUGAUGUUCAGAUGUUAGGGUACAAAGAAGAUGGUCAUUGCAAAGGGGAGCCAGAGUUUGACCAGCUGCCAUCACCAACAAGGCUCCAGUGGGAUAUCCCUGAAAAGUGUGUGUCCAUCAUUGAAUCUUGUCAGAAGAAGGCAGAACUGCUGAUCAAUGAUCUUGACCUUCAUGUGCUUGUACACACUGCUUUUGGAAAGGGUGUCAUAAAAAAGUGUCGACUUAGCCCAGACGCAUUUAUUCAGAUGGGUCUUCAGCUGGCCUACUUCAAGGACCAGCAAACCUUCAGUUUGACUUAUGAAUCCUCCAUGACCAGACUUUUUAGGGAGGGACGUACGGAGACAGUCAGGCCUUGUACCACCGAGUCAUGCUCUUUUGUCAGAGCAAUGCUGGACCCUUCUGCUACAAAAUCUGUAAAGAAGGAAUUGCUCGUAAAGGCUGCGGAAGCACAUGUUGAUGGUUUUAGGAGGGCGAUGGCUGGGCAAGGUGUUGAUCGUCAUUUGUUUGGCCUGUAUGUGGUGUCCAGGUACUUGGAGGAAGACUCACCUUUUCUGAAAGAGGCUCUCAAAGAACCGUGGAAACUUUCAACAAGCCAAACUGCAACUCAGCAAACCAAGAAGACAGACUACAAUAAGUAUCCAGAACAGAAAACAGCUGGAGGAGGUUUUGGACCUGUUGCCGAUGAUGGCUAUGGAGUGUCGUAUAUUAUUGCUGGUGAAGACAUCAUCUUUUAUCAUAUCACCUGCAAGGUCUCAUCUCAGUUGACUGACACCAAACGCUUCUCCGAGUUCAUCAAAGAAAGUAUGGCAGAAAUGAAGGCCUUGUUUGAAUAACUUAUUUACACACCAAAAGUAAACGACCUAUUCUUUAGCAUAAACAUGAUAAUUUAUUUAGUUAGCUCAAUCUCAUUUAAAAUUAACUUACCCACUACAGUUCCGUCUAUCGUCUUUACAGUGCUUGUUCUCUUUCUAGCACAAGCUGGCGCAAUUUCAAAAAGGUACUCGUAUACCUGUAUGCGCCAUUUUGCGCCUACAGUUCACCUUUAAACAUCCCCAUUUUUCACGCGGUUUNGG